UCCUCAGGCACCGCGUGUUUCAGUUCUACUCCUCGUACCCAAUACGACAUUUCUGUUCGUCGGGUAGUUCUAUCUUGUGCCAGACUACCAGUGGCACAGCUCAAUCCAGCUAUAAAUCAGUGCGAGACCAGUGUACAUCUUCACCUGCUUGAUCCGAGGGUGGUUCGCCAGACGCAGAAUGGCGGGCGCGAUGCAGAGCGUGCACGCGCACCCGCCGGAGUUCGCGCGGUCGGCGCACGAGCAGCCGUGCGCCACCACGUUCCACGGGGCCGCCGCGCCGCCGGAGAUCCCCGUGAUCGACAUGUCCUCGCCCCACGCCGGACGCGCCAUGGCGGGUGCCGCGCGCGAGUGGGGGAUCUUCCAGGUGGUGAACCACGGCGUGCCGGCGUCGGCCGUGUCCGAGCUGCAGCGCGUCGGGCGCGAGUUCUUCGCGCUGCCGCAGGAGGAGAAGCAGCGGUACGCCAUGGACCCGUCGUCCGGGAAAACCGAGGGCUACGGCUCCACGUUGCAGCGAGACGGCCCCGGCGGCAAGAAGACGUGGGCCGACUUUCUCUUCCACAACGUCGCGCCGCCGUCGGCCGUGAACCACUCCGUCUGGCCGGAGAACCCGAAGGGGUACAGGGCGGCCAACGAGGCGUACUGCGGUCACAUGCGGCGGCUGACGCGGACGCUGUUCGAGCGCCUGUCCGCCGGGCUCGGGCUGGAGGAGGGCGCCAUGGCGGAGGCGUUCGGCGGCGACGAGGUGAUUUUCCUGCAGAAGAUCAACUUCUACCCGCCGUGCCCGCAGCCGGACCUCGCGCUCGGCGUCGCGCCGCACACCGACCUCAGCACGCUCACCGUGCUCGUGCCCAACGAGGUGCCGGGGCUCCAGGUGUUCAGGGACGGGCAGUGGCACGACGUCGAGUACGUGCCCGGCGCGCUCAUCGUCCACAUCGGCGACCAGAUCGAGAUUCUGAGCAACGGGAGGUACAAGGCCGUGCUGCACCGGACGACGGUGAGCAAGGAGAAGACGCGGAUGUCGUGGCCGGUGUUCGUCGAGCCGCCGACGGAGCACGUCGUCGGCCCGCACCUGCGGCUCGUCACCGACGAGUACCCGGCCAAGUACAAGGCCAAGAAGUUCAAGGACUACAAGUACUGCAAGAUCAACAAGCUGCCGCAGUAAUGAAUCGUUCAAAUGUACAAAUAUUGUCGAUUUAAACCUCUCGAAAGAUUCAGUGGUGGAGAUAUUUAACAAACACUCUGCUCGUUCUCGUGGAUCCUAUA